CGUUCUCUCUAUCGCUAUAUGCACGCAGAACAAAGGGCGAAAGCUCCUUUCAUUUUUAUAUGUGCAAGAAGAUGUGUCUGUAUUAAGCAGCGCGAAGAUGACUCUUUCGGACGAGGAGAUUACGAGGCUGUUCAGAGCUCACAAGACUGUGAUGCAAAUGCUGCGAGAUAGGGGCUACUUGGUCCUCGAUUUUGAGAUAGAACAGAGCAGAGAGGACUUCAUUGGGAAGUAUGGUGAGCAUAUGAAAAGAGAGGACCUCGUAAUUCAGAAGGCAAAGAUCAAUGGAGGCUCUGAUCAGAUAUUUGUGUUCUUUCCGGAGGAGAGCAAGGUUGGUGUUAAGACAGUGAAAACAUUUACCGAUCGCAUGAAAUCAGAGAAUGUUUUGAGUGCAAUCUUGGUUGUCCAACAGCAUUUGACUCCAUUUGCUCGUACUUGCGUAGCUGAAAUAUCUUCAAGAUUUUACAUUGAGGUUUUCCUGGAGGCUGAAUUAUUGGUCAACAUAUCAAAGCACGUUCUUGUUCCCAAGCACAAGCUGCUUACGACCGAGGAAAAGAAGACCUUACUCGAUCGAUACACUGUGAAAGAAACACAGCUACCUCGUAUCCAGGUGACAGACUCUGUGGCGAGAUAUUAUGGGCUAAAGCGUGGGCAAGUGGUGAAAAUUAUCAGGCAAAGUGAGACUGCAGGGCAGUAUGUUACCUAUCGAUAUGUUGUGUAAACUCAUAGAUGCAUAUGCAGUUCUCGACUUCUCGUCCAAGUUAACACGUUUUGCUCAAAGGGAUGGAGACUGUAAUUUGAAUGCCAGAUGCUAUGGCCAAGCUCAGUACAGAACCUUCAUUUUUUUGUGUUUUUGGUAGUUUGCGUUCUGGACGUUAAAUACACACACGAGCAUGCACUUGUUAUUAGAACCCUAAUAUGGAUGACUAUUUCAAUUUUUUGUUCA